AUGUUCAAACUUUCCUCCAAUUUUCUUCUACAUUUCACCCAUAAACCUUUUCUCAAUGCCCUUUCUACUUCUUCAUUGCCUUUGGCCUCUCUUUCUACCAUCCAAUUCCUCCAAAACUCAUGUGGCCUUUCUUCAGGAUCUCCUACUUCUGCCGGUCGAAAGCUCCAAUUCGAUGAAAAAAGCCUCCAGAAGUACGAAGUCGUUAUCGAUUUCUUGAGAUCACAUGCAUUCGAGAAUCCACAGAUCGCCAAUUUGGUCUCGAGGCGACCUUCGAUCCUUCAGUCCAAAGUAUCCAACAAUCUGAAGCCUAAAUUUGAGUUCCUCCAGGAAGUCGGGUUCGUCGGUCCUUUACUUCCUAAGCUAAUUCUAACAAACCCUGGGGUUAUUCUGUGUAGCUUAGAUUCUCAUUUGAAACCAUUAAUUCUUUUCUUGAAGGAAAUUCUUGAAUCGGAUGAACAAGUAACUGCUGCUAUUCUUCGUUAUACCUUGCUUCUAACUUAUGAUUUUAAGGGUGUUUUAAAACCUAACGCUGAUGUUUUAGCCAGUGUAGGAGUACCUUCUAGGACUAUAGCAAAAUUGAUUGUAUCGAAUCCUAGAAUUAUAGUGCAAAAGGUUGAUAGAAUGAUUCAAGUAGUGAAAAUGGUUAAAGAAUUGGGCUUUGAACCAAAGUCGGGUAUGUUUGUUGAUGCACUUAAAGCAAGGAUUGGAAUGAGUGAUUCAACUUGGAAUAAGAAAAUAAAUGUUUUGAAGAGUUUAGGAUGGUCUGAGAAGGAGAUUUUUACACUAUUUAAGAGAAUGCCAGAAUGUUUAGCUCGUUCAGAGAAGAAAAUGAGGGAUGUUGCAGAUUUCUGUUUCAACACCGUAAAGUUGGAGCCAGGAACCGUAAUUUCUUACCCUAUGUUCUUCAAGUUGUCAAUCGACAAGCGGCUCCGACCAAGGUACAAAGUUCUUGAGGUUUUGAAGGUGAAAAAACUUCCUACGAACAUAACGAUUGCUCGGGCGCUUACACAAGUGGAGAGUAAAUUUGUGGAGAAUUGUGUUCUUAAGCACUUGGAUGAAAUACCAAACCUAAUGGACAUAUACCGGGGCAAUGUCACAGCUGAAGCCCGUUCUGUUCUAUAG